AAGGGGGAAACACAGACGAGGAAGAAAAGUCUCACCUUUCCUCUCUCCUUCUUCUCUUCAAAGAAACACAUAAAGCCCCUUCUCCAGCUUCUUCCAUUAGCAACUCAUUCCUCGGCAGAGUUCUCUUCUUCCUACUUCACACUCUAAACUAUAGCGAAAACCUCUUCUUCUCAUUUACUAGAAGUCACAAGUCUUCAUAGGACUUGGGUACGUGCGGUGGUUCUAACUGUAAGCUUUGCUCCUCAAAUUUUCUCAUGGAGGGUGAAUUACGCAAGCAAAAGGAUGUUGACUUGUACACCAAGUCCUCACUUUUGCUCGAAUUGUCAGCUUCUGAUGAUCUUGCUGCCUUCAAAAGUGAAAUUGAAGUGAGAUGUUCUGAUGUUGAUGAGGCGGGUUUCUGGUAUGUUAGAAACAUUGGGUCGAAAAAGAUGGGGUUUGAAGAGAGGACCCCGCUUAUGAUUGCUGCCAUGUUCGGAAGUCUUGAGGUUUUGAAGUAUAUCAUCGGAACUGGCAAGGUUAAUGUUAAAAGAGCCUGUGGUUCUGAUGGAAGCACUGCCCUUCACUGUGCUGUCGCUGGUGGUGCCAACACCGUGGUUGAGAUUGUUAAGCUUUUGCUUGAUGCCUCUGCUGAUGCUAAUUGUGUUGAUGUUAGUGGGAAUAAACCAAUAGAUUUUGUUGCUUUAGCUAUGAAGUCAUUGCACAAUUCAAGAAGAAGGGCAGUAGAGUUAUUGUUGAAAGGUGAUCAAACUGUUUUUCAAGAGGAAGAGUUGGAAAAGAUCACAAUGCCGCAAUUAUCCAAAGAAGGAGCUGAGAAGAAAGAGUAUCCUAUUGAUACAUCUUUGCCUGAUAUAAAUAAUGGUAUUUAUGGAACUGAUGAGUUUAGAAUGUAUAUUUUUAAGGUGAAGCCUUGCUCAAGGGCUUAUUCACAUGAUUGGACAGAGUGCCCGUUUGUUCAUCCAGGUGAGAAUGCAAGGAGAAGAGACCCUAAGAAGUACUCUUAUAGCUGUGUCCCUUGCCCUGAGUUCCGCAAGGGAUCGUGCCCAAAGGCAGAUGGUUGUGAGUAUGCACAUGGUGUUUUUGAGUCCUGGCUACAUCCUGCCCAGUACAGAACCCGGCUUUGCAAGGAUGAGAUUGGGUGCAACCGCAAAGUUUGUUUCUUUGCACACAAGCCGGAAGAAUUGCGCCCUUUAUAUGCAUCCACUGGUUCAGCUAUGCCUUCUCCAACCUCUAUUUCUGUCAGUGCAGUUGACAUGGCAGCUAUGAGUCCAUUGUCACUUGGUUCCACAUCUCUGUCAUUGCCUGCAAGUUCGACUCCUCCAAUGUCUCCGUUGGCCACUUGUUUGUCUCCCAAGAGUGGAAAUUUGUGGCAGAACAAAGUUAAUCUCACCCCACCUGCCUUGCAGUUGCCUGGUAGCCGGCUGAAGACUGCUUUUAGUGCAAGGGAUUUUGACUUGGAAAUGGAAUUGCUUGGGCUAGAGAACCAUGUCAGCAAUUUGUGGCAACAACAAUUAGGGGAGGAGAUAUCGAGUCUCUCCUCACCAUCUUGUUGGAGCAAGGAAUACACUAGGAUUGGAGAUUUGAAGCGUAACCUUGAUGAUUCUUUUGAAUCUCUUGAUCCUUUGCAGGGAGUUUCAACCCAGUUACAGUCACCAACUGAACUUCAAAUUCGCCAAAACAUGAGCCAACUUCGUGCAAGCUAUCCAGCUACUACCCUCUCAUCUUCUCCAGUGAGGAAACCCUCAACAUUUGGGUAUGAUUCAUCUGUAAUGAAUUCAAGGUCUUCUGCCUUCAGAAACCGAAGUCACAGCUUUGUUGACCGUGGAGCAGUGACCAGUCGUGCUGGCCUUACAGCCCCUUCUAACCCUGCAUCUAUGAGGAUGUCCAAUCUAUCAGAUUGGGGCUCUCCUGAUGGGAAAUUGGAUUGGGGAAUUCCAGGAGAUGAGCUGAGCAAGCUCAAGAAGUCCGCAUCAUUUGGGUUUCGUAACAACAAUCUAACAACAGUAUCUGCAACUGCAGCGACAGGCUCAAUGCCAUCAUCAAAUGUUGACGAGCCUGAUGUAUCUUGGGUUAAUUCCCUGGUGAGAGAUGUUCCUCCUGCAGGAACCGGAGUGUUUGGCACCCAGAGGCAGCAACAUAAUUCAUGGGUGGAACAAUUGUACAUAGAACAGGAGCAGACGGUGGCAUAAUGAACAUAAAUUUGCUCCUACUUUAUUUCUAACUAAAUUGAUAUUCUUUCGUAUUCUUAUUUGUAUUCCUCGAUCGUUGUUGUGGUUUAGGAAGAAUGACAAUGAAUGAGCCACUGCUCAUAUCAUUCGUGGGUUAGUCCAGAGACUAGGCAAGAUCCAAAAAGAAAAACAAAAAUUUGUUAUUUUUUUUUUUAUAUUAUUAAUUUCUCAUUCCUCAGGAAGAUUGAUUUGUAUGUUUACUGUCAUCUUACAGAACUAUAUUAAUCUCCUUUCCAUA